UCCCUUACGCUGUCCCCGGCUCCGGCAUCCGUGUUGCUGUGCCGUUCGCUGCCUUCCCAGAUAGUUCGGCUUCGGUCCUGUGUUGAAUCGAACCUAUCCCUCCCGCUCGCCCGCCCUAAGGGAGCCUCCUUCAGACGGCUUCAUGGCGUAUAGUCAGGGAGGCGGCAAGAAGAAAGUCUGUUACUACUAUGACGGUGACAUUGGUAACUAUUAUUAUGGCCAGGGACACCCAAUGAAGCCUCACCGAAUCCGUAUGACACACAAUUUAUUGUUAAAUUAUGGCUUGUACAGAAAAAUGGAAAUCUAUCGUCCCCACAAAGCUACAGCAGAAGAAAUGACUAAAUAUCACAGCGAUGAAUACAUCAAAUUUCUUCGUUCAAUAAGACCUGACAAUAUGUCUGAAUACAGCAAACAAAUGCAGAGAUUUAAUGUUGGGGAAGAUUGUCCUGUGUUUGAUGGACUGUUUGAGUUCUGUCAGCUGUCAACAGGAGGCUCUGUAGCUGGAGCAGUAAAAUUGAAUAGACAACAAACAGAUAUGGCUGUUAAUUGGGCAGGAGGACUUCAUCAUGCUAAGAAAUCAGAGGCAUCUGGUUUCUGUUAUGUCAAUGAUAUUGUGCUUGCCAUUCUUGAGUUAUUGAAAUAUCAUCAAAGAGUUCUUUACAUUGAUAUUGAUAUCCAUCAUGGUGAUGGUGUUGAAGAAGCUUUUUAUACCACAGAUCGAGUUAUGACAGUAUCAUUCCAUAAAUAUGGUGAAUAUUUCCCUGGAACAGGCGAUUUAAGGGACAUCGGAGCUGGAAAAGGCAAAUACUAUGCUGUUAACUUUCCAAUGAGAGAUGGAAUAGAUGAUGAGUCCUACGGACAAAUAUUUAAACCAAUUAUAUCUAAAGUGAUGGAAAUGUACCAACCUAGUGCAGUAGUAUUGCAAUGUGGGGCCGAUUCACUCUCUGGUGAUCGACUGGGAUGUUUUAAUCUUACUGUUAAAGGUCAUGCCAAAUGUGUGGAAGUUGUAAAGACUUUCAACUUGCCUCUUUUGAUGCUUGGAGGAGGUGGAUAUACCAUACGCAAUGUUGCUCGAUGUUGGACAUAUGAGACUGCUGUUGCCUUAGACUGCGAAAUUCCUAAUGAAUUGCCAUAUAACGAUUAUUUUGAGUACUUUGGACCAGAUUUCAAACUGCAUAUAAGCCCAUCAAACAUGACAAAUCAGAACACUCCAGAAUAUAUGGAAAAGAUUAAGCAGCGUUUAUUUGAGAACUUACGCAUGCUGCCCCAUGCUCCUGGUGUGCAGAUGCAAGCUAUUCCAGAAGAUGCCGUUCAUGAAGACAGUGGUGAUGAAGAUGGCGAAGAUCCAGACAAACGUAUCUCUAUUCGUGCUUCUGAUAAGAGGAUAGCCUGUGAUGAAGAAUUUUCUGAUUCUGAAGACGAAGGAGAAGGUGGACGCAGAAAUGUUACAGAUCAUAAGAAAGGAGCAAAAAAAGCACGCUUAGAAGAAGACAAGAAAGAGGCAGAAGACAAAAAAGCUGAUAUUAAAGAAGAAGACAAAUCUAAAGAUAACAGUAAUGAGAAAGUAGAUACCAAAGGCACAAAAUCAGAACAGCUAAGCAAUCCUUGAACAUAAAGCCUUACAGUAUGUCAAUCAAAGGACCCAAUACCAUACUGAAAAAAAAAAACUAAGAGAAGCUUUUCGUACUGGAAGAGACUUUUUAUUUUCAUUUAGUAGAAUUUGGCAUGGAGCAUAUUUAUUUUCAAACAACUGUGUUUUGAUUUUUGGCAACUUGUAUUGUGAAUUCCCCAAUUAUGAUACAAAAUUUGUUCCUUCCACCAGGCUUUAUGUAAUACUAUUUAAAAUGGAUGUGAGUUAAGAUGUAGUUAAACGUCUAAACUGAUCUAUUAAAAUUUCCCUUUUCCCGGAUUGAUUUUAUCCCCCUUUUUGUAAUUAUAUCUUUAUUAAAAAACAAACAAACUGUA